AUGUACGCCAAAGCCUUCGUCCUCUCUCUUUCCAUCUCUCUGGGCAUCGCCCUUCCCAUGUUCCCUGUCGCCCGCCCCUACAUCCCAAGCAGUCUUGGGGCUCUCGGCCCCAUCGCCAGGGUCGUCACCGAAGCCGAAAAUGAAGUUCUCACUGCUCCCAUUCCCAAAAAAUGGAUGCACACACAUGAUUUCGCAAAGUCCGAGGAGCCCGAGGCAAAGAAGCGAUCCAUGGUUGAAGAUUGCCCAGAGGGCGUUGCGUGUGCCUUUCUCGACGAUAUGAUUCGCGCGAUGGAUAAGGCUCUGGAGAUGGAGAAGGCCAAGGAGGAAAUUGGCAAAGGACUUGACGAUAGAGAUUAG